GAACUUUUUGCAGUGGGCGGCGCGUGUGGGCGUGACAGCUGUUAGGGAAAGUGCAAUUGGAACUGGAACUGCAAUCGGUAUCGGAAUCGAGAUAUACAAGAGUCCAGGCAGAGGCCUCACCGGCCCCAUCGCCUCCAUCGCCCCCAUCGCCCUCGCUCCCCGAACUGCCCAGCCACUGGAGGGGCAGACGUAGCGGGGACCGCUAGCAGCGCAAUGUCGAUGCUGGCAGCUGCAACGUCGACGUCAACGGCGAUGCCAGUGGAUGCCAUUGCCGCAGCGAAAAUGUUUUCGGAUGCGGAUGUGGCGGAAGUGCGGCACGUUGUGCAACGCAUUUUGGUGCCGUGCGUUUUUGUUAUUGGACUAUUGGGAAAUUCAGUGAGCAUUUAUGUUUUGACGCGCAAACGCAUGAGGUGCACCACAAAUAUUUAUCUAACGGCUCUGGCAAUUACGGAUAUUGCGUACCUGACCUUUGUAUUAAUUUUAUCACUCAAACACUACGAAUAUAUCAAAUACCACUGCGAGCUGUACUGGCUCCUCUACGGAUUCGUAGUGUGGCUAUGCGAUGCGUGCGCAUACAUCUCAAUUUACAUAGCCGUGUGCUUUACUAUCGAGCGAUUUAUAGCGAUACGCUAUCCGCUCAAAAGACAAACAUUCUGCACGGAGUCGCUGGCCAAGAAGGUAAUAGCAGCCGUCGCGCUCUUCUGCCUGCUGACUACGCUCUCGACGGCGUUCGAGCACACAUAUGACAUCAAUUGGAAAUUGAUUGAUGGCGCCUAUAGGCCCUGCAAUCUGACGCUGGCAAAUGUGUCGCCCAUGCCAACGCCCACGCCCACGCCCAUGCCCAUGCCCACACCGGCUCAGACCAUGACCACGGCAUGGCAUAUAGAGGAGCCAGCUGGCAAUCCAGCCACGUCUCGCUAUCUGGAGCCUUUCGAUUUGAGCAGCGACAGCGGCAGCGGCAGCGGCGCCGGUGAGCCAGACCACAUUCCAAGCAGGCAGCGACGGUUACCAGCAUUCACGUCCGCCUCUGUGGGCGUGACUGCGCCAGCCACUGAGCCGACAACAGCGUCGGCCACUGCGAGCUUGUUGCAGUUGUCACGUGCCAGACGCAGCGAGGACAACUACAACUAUAACAACGAUGCCAACAACAACAAUAGCGCAUUCGCAUUUAACAUUACGGAAUACUGUCAAAAUAUGACUUUCUACACCAAUGGGCUGUCGAGUCUGGGCCAGAAUGCGCUCUACUUUAAUAUCUGGAGCGUUUACACGCUGAUUGUGUUCGUGCUGCUGCCGCUGUUCGUGCUGGCCACAUUUAACUGUUUCCUCAUUCUGCUUGUGCAUCGCUCGAAGAGUCUGCGCGGCGAUCUGACCAAUGCCAGCAGCAUUAGGCGUACUAAGCGCAAAUCGAACUCGGGCCUAACGGGCAGCGUCUCACAGGAGAAUCGAGUGACCAUCACGCUGAUUGCCGUCGUCCUGCUGUUCAUCGUCUGCCAGCUGCCGUGGGCCAUCUACCUGAUACUGGUGCAGUACGUGGACAUCGAGAUGAACAUACAAAGGAUAGCGGGCAAUGUGUGCAACCUGCUGGUGGCCAUCAAUGCGGCUGCCAAUUUUUUCUUAUAUUGCGUGCUGUCGGACAAGUAUCGCAAGACGGUGCGUGAGCUGGUCACCGGCUAUCGCUAUCGCCAUCGACAUGCACGCAACAACAUCAGCCUCUAUGUGCCACACACCAGCACCACGCUCAACGGUGACGGUGCCAGCAGCGUGGGCAGCGGCGGUGGCUACAAUGCCUACGGUGGUGCCAGCAGUCGGCGUUGCCGUGGCAAGGCGGCGGUUGCAAGGCGCCUGAUUGCGUGAGUCACCAGCCGAUAGUUUCUUCCGAUCAACGUUUUU